AUGGCAUCCGAAGAUAAACAGCUUAAUUGUGCUCUUGAUCUUUUCAGAAGACUUCCUCCUUCUCAAUUAGAGACCAACUUGAGUUUUGUUACAGAAUUGGCUCCACAUCUCACCGAUGAUCUUUUACAGACCGUGGAUUGUCCUUUGAAGAUCAAAAAGUGCCCAGAAACUGGCAAGGAUUAUUUGAUUUGUGAUUAUAACAGAGAUGGUGAUAGUUACAGAAGCCCACACUCGAACAUGUAUGAUCCUCCUUUGGAAGAUGGUAUCUUGCCACCUGAUGAAUUGAGAGAAAUGGAAAAGAGAGCCAAUGAAAUCUUCCAAUUAUACUGUGAUCAAUACUAUGAUGGUGGUAUUGCAAGCGUUUACAUGUGGGAAAUUAUGGAUGGUGGUUUUGCUGCUGCUGUUCUCUUCAAGAAGGAUGGUUCUGGUUUGAGAGGAGUUGAGAAGGGUGUUUGGGAUUCAAUUCACGUUGUUGAAGUUCAACCACAAGACUCUAAAACAGCUUCUUACAAGCUCACAACAACCAUUAUUUUGAGCAUGAGCACUCAAGAUGGACAGUUGGAUCUUUCCGGAAGUGUUCAAAAGCAAGAAGAUCAAGUCACUACAUUUGACAAUGCCUACAAUACUCAUAUUGUCAACAUGGGUAACAUGAUUCAAAAGAUGGAGAAUUACUUGCGUAAUCAAUUGCAAGGAGUUUACUUUGAUAAGGCUCGUGAAAUUACUCGUACUCUCCGUAAUACUCAAAGCAGCUCUGAACGUAAGGUUCAAAGCGCAUUGCAAAACGAGUUGGCUAAUGCCCUCGUCAACAGAAAGAGAUAA